GGUCACACUAGUUUCAUUCACUUUCAAGUAAAACCAUCGGUUUAUGCUAGGCGGCGUGCGGCAAAAAAGAAACCGAAAAGCAGCCAAUUUAUUGUUGUGAUCCGAUCCUGUUUCUCCAGGCUUCAUUUAACAUAAACAGAAAGUUUGAGCGUGUGAGUGAAAAGAUCCCGCCAUCAUGAGCAAGAAGCCGACAGCCGGACCGGCGCUCCACAAGGUCAUCAUGGUGGGCAGUGGCGGCGUGGGAAAGUCCGCCCUCACAUUGCAAUUCAUGUACGAUGAGUUCGUUGAGGACUACGAGCCCACCAAGGCCGAUAGCUAUAGGAAAAAGGUUGUGCUGGAUGGCGAGGAAGUACAAAUAGAUAUAUUAGAUACGGCUGGCCAGGAGGAUUAUGCCGCCAUCAGAGACAAUUACUUUCGGAGCGGCGAGGGUUUCCUCUGUGUCUUCUCCAUCACAGACGACGAAAGCUUCCAGGCAACCCAGGAAUUCAGAGAACAAAUAUUGCGGGUGAAGAACGAUGAGAGCAUACCGUUCCUGCUGGUGGGCAACAAGUGCGAUCUGAAUGACAAGCGCAAGGUGCCGUUGACCGAGUGCCAAUCGAGGGCGCAGCAAUGGGCGGUGCCCUAUGUAGAGACCUCGGCUAAAACCCGCGAAAACGUGGACAAGGUAUUUUAUGAUCUAAUCAGGGAUAUUUCAUCACGUAAAAAACAACGUCAGACGGACGUGAAACAGCCGCCGAAGCCCAAUUCUCAUUGCUGCCAACUGCUGUAGGAUGAACAACAACAACAACAACAACAACAAGCGACUUUAACAACAACAACAACCAUACGAUGAACAACAAACAACUGCAGCAGCAACAACUUGAAAAAAAAACA